AUGUCUUUCCUCGUCGUCCCCCUCCUCAAAUUCGGCGUCUCCAAAGCCAAAAAGCACCACGCUGCCAAAAAACAAGCCAAACAAGCCGACCAAUUCCAACAACCAGGCAACGCCUACAAUCACGGCCCCGAAGCUCCCAUCCACAUGGCCAACUACCCGGCCAACAUCGGACCCGGCGCAGACCUCCAUUUCCCACCUGCCGAAGCCCAGAUGAGCAAGCGAGCCAAGAUCAUGGCUAUCUUCACCGCUGGCCUGCGCUUCCUCCAGAUCGUCUUUGGAUUGACUGUUGUCGGGCUGUACGGACGGGAUGUGCAUCAUGACCAUGAGAAUGGGGAGUCAGCUCGAGCUAGAUGGGUAUUUGCGUUGACUGUGGCGGUCUUGGCAACGCUGACGGCGGGAGUGAGCUUUGGAGUUCCCUUGAUAAUGCGUUCGUUGAAGGGUGGUGCCGGUGCUGGCGUGGGCAGGUCCCAGUUACGACUUCCUCAGUUUGUGUGGGAGUUUAUCCUGUGUAUCCUGUGGUUGACCAUGUUUGGCAUCUUUGGAAAGAUGUAUAUCGGUGUCUAUCCGGUGACGACGCAUGGUGCGGACUCUUCGGGAAAGCGAGACACUGCGCAUGGAAGUGCGAAUAAUACGACGACGACAACAACACCUGCAAUCUCCCCGCUGGGAGACGCUGCAAAGAUCAAUCGAAUGCGCCAUGCCGUCUGGGUGGACUUGAUCAACCUCUUGAUGUGGGUCGCCACGGCGUCGUUCGUCUUGCUGCGGUGGUUGAAGAGUCGACGGGCUGCACGAGGAGACGAGAUGGAUGUUGAAAAGGACAAUCAGUUCUGA